AUGGAAACGGCGCUGGCGGGCACUGGCGGGCUGCGGGGAGCGCAGGACAGCGCCGAGGUGGAGGCGGCCGAACUGCUGCCUUUCUUGGCGUCGGGGGUUCGGGCCGACUUGCAGGCAGCGGCGACCGAGCACAUACUGGGACUGACCGGCUCCGAGGCGGGCCGAGCGCUGCUAGCGGGGCAGGAGGCGCUGCUGCGGGCGGUGGCUGAACUGGCAGUGGCUCCGGCCCCGGCCCCGGCCUGCGAGGCCGCCCGCGCACUGGUGAACCUGGCUGCCGACCCAGGCCUACAUGAGCCGCUGCUGGCGGCUUAUCCCGCAUUGCCUGCCCGCUUGCUGGGCUGCGCGUUGGACCCACAGUGGCCCUGGGCCGAAGAGGCGGCCGCUGCCCUUGCCAACCUCAGCCGCGAGCCUGUUCCAUGUGCCGCUGUGAAGACGGCGCUAGAGGCCGCGGAGCCGAUUUUGGAGCGCCUGGUGCACGCGCUGUGCACACCGUCCUACAAUGCUCAUGCACCGCUCCAUUACCUGGGGCCACUGCUCUCCAACCUCACCCAACGGCCAACAGUGAGAGCCUUCCUGCUGGACCCCGACAGGUGCGUGAUCCAGCGGCUCCUGCCUCUUACCCAGUUUCCCGACUCCGUGCGCCGGGGCGGAGUGGUGGGGACGCUACGGAACUGCUGCUUCGAGCACCGACACCACGAGUGGUUGCUAGGUCCUAAGGUGGACAUUCUCCCAUUCUUGCUGCUGCCCCUGGCGGGGCCGGAGGAAUUUUCAGAAGAGGAGAUGGAGCGGCUGCCUGCGGACCUUCAGUACUUGUCUCCGGACAAACAGAGGGAGCCAGACGCGGACAUCCGCAAGAUGCUCCUUGAGGCCAUAAUGCUGCUGACAGCCACAGCACCAGGUCGGCAGCAGGUCAGGGACCAGGGAGCCUACCUGAUCCUUCGAGAGCUACAUAGCUGGGAGCCUGAGCCUGCUGUCAGGGUGACCUGUGAGAAGCUCAUCCAGGUACUCAUUGGAGAUGAGCCGGAGGAAGGCAUGGAGAACCUACUGGAGGUACAGGUGCCUGAGGAUGUGGAGAGGCAGCUGCAGAAGCUGGACCUCCAGGAGCAGGAGUGCUGCGAGCAGGAACGGCAGGGGCCACAGCAGCGUGAGGAGGAACCUGCGCCCCUCUGA